UGAGCGCGAUGCUAAGUUAAGUCUAGUUUUUUGUAUGGUACAUUUUUUAAGAUACUGUCGGAUUGCUUUGUGUAAGUGACUCUGAGCGCGAUAGCUGAAGAAGAGAGGUCGUUGCGUUUUCCUCGGCCAUCUAAACGAUCAGCAGGUGUGAAUUAAUGUCUGUAUAUUACCCUCAGGUGUAUUGCCCCGUGUUUGUGACCUGCAGAGACAUGACUGAGGUGAUGAUUACCAGCAGCCCCAUGGACGACAUGCGUCUGAGUCCCAGCAAAGACCGGCUCUCCUACCAGAUCUUCCCGGACCCCUCGGACUUCGAGCGCUGCUGCAAGCUGAAGGACAGGCUGCCCUCCAUCGUGGUGGAGCCCACGGACGGGGAGGUGGAGAGCGGGGAGCUACGCUGGCCUCCUGAGGAGUUCCUGGUCAGCGAGGAGGAGGAGGAGGAGGAAGAGCAAGAGCAAGAGGAAGAGGAGGGAGAAGACUGCAAGCGUGAAGCUGGACAGCCAGUGCAGAACUCUCAACAUUGAGAUGGCACAAGAUCACACUUGCACAUGCGCACACGCACACACAUGCACAAACCCACACGCACUCUCACUGAAUCACUCGUUCACUCACCUCACCUCACCUCUGCAUCUCUCUCUCUCUCUCUCUCUCUCUCUCUCUCUCUCUCUCUCUCUCUCUCUCUC